CUCUCAUUGGCCCUUUGGGCUGUGUGAGUGUGUGUGCGCGGCUGUCAAAGCUGAUCCGAGCGCACAGCUGAUCCACCCUCACAUCGAUGCCAUGUCCUCGGGGAGAUGAUCAGGAUGAAACACAAACAUAUUAUAAGAACCUGCUGUUUUUUGAGCUUCUGAUUAAUCACUUUCAGUUGUGACUCCACCCUUGUUUUCCAAAACGAUUACCUGCCAGGAAUUAUUCUGCAUAAUUCAGACACCCUAAGUGACAAAACAGGAGUUAGACAAAAUGGAAAAUGUAAGCCAGGAGUCCAGAGCUGAACGGAUCGCUCGCUACAAAGCAGAGAGGCGGAGAGAGCUGGCAGAACGUUACGGCAGCCAAGAAGAGGAGCUUCCAUCAAAGUGGUCUAAAAGAGAGAGGGAGGGUCGUGGCAUUCGUGACUCUAGCUUUGCGGAUACGUCUGUUUCUGGUGGAAUAAAUGGAGGGACAGGGAGGAAUGGACGAGCAACACUGGAAGAGAGGACUGCAAAGAUUUCCAAUGGAUAUAAGAUGGAUACCAGUGGAGAAAACACAAAGAACAGGGCAUGUGUGAUGGGCUUGUCUGGUACGGUGGAUGGAGAAAGCCCUCCAGACUCAACCUCUGAUACACCGCUGUUACACACUCAUGUUUCAGUAGGCCAGCUGAAGAACGCUCUUCUACAGCAAAACAGCAGUCCAGCUGCAUCUGAUAGAGUAGUGGCUGAUGGUGAUGUGGUGGCCUUGACUCUUGAUCUGGCGGGUCAGCCUGAGGGAAAUCGCCGUCGUGCCCGUCGGUACCUGCCAGGAGAUCCUGCUGCGAGCCGCAAAAACAGUGAACGCUUCCGUACGCAACCCAUUACAGCCUUUGAGAUACAGGAGAGCUGCGGAACGGUGGAUGGUGAAAAUCAGGACACUUCACAAAUGGAUGCAAAGACGGAUGACAGAGCCAAGAUGAGCGUAGCUGCCAAGAUGUCUCUGUUUAAAGAAUUGGAGAAGACAGCUUCACCUGAGGCAUCUUUGUUCCUUAAACCUCGCUCCAGUAAAAGUUUCCAUGAACGCAGAUCUCGCCGUAACAACGAUCCUCGGGCACUCACUCAGCCAAUCACAUUUGAAGAAACCAUGAUGGCAGCAAGUCCUCAGCCAGGUGAAGCAGGUGAGGCAGAGCCUGAGGUGGAGGAUGAUGCUGGCACUAAACUCUCUAUGAGUGAGAAACUGGCUCUCUUCAAUAAACUCUCUCAGCCCAUAUUGGGUGCUGUUGGGAGUCCUGUGAGAGAUGGCAGCCCUCAUGAGGCCACUGAGAGACGCAGACAGAAGGGCACUCGCUAUCGCACACAGCCCAUCACAGUGGAUGAAGUCAAUCUGCUUCAAAAAGGGCCUGUGCAGCUCCCUCGUUUUCAUCUGGCUCCUCACCUCUCUGACCGCCAGCAGGCCGAGUCCACCAACCUGAAACCCAGUGAAGUGCGUCUCUCCGGGCUGAGCUCUUCCUCCUCUGAACUCUCAUCUCCCCAUCUUAAGAAUACAACGAACACCAAUUCCCAGAAUGCAGUGCAUCCCAUUAAAGGCAUCCUGAAAAAGAGCUCCUCUGAGGGAGUGGUCUGGAGGAGUGACAGAGAGAGGAAAGACCUGAAUGGACACAACCUGGAGCAGAAUGGCAAAGAGAGGGGAGAGACAGAAGUGAAGGAGGAGAGGAGUUUGUCAUCGGUGGAUCAUUCUCCGGGUCAUCUCUCCGGCGCUCCCUGGAGGCAGAGGACGAGGAAGGAAACAUCCUUCGGCAGAACACGGAGAUCUGCUCCAAACCCUGAGGAACAUUUGUAUCUUUCAGAGGUUCUGCAGAUCACAGAACAGAGUGGAGAUUCGGCCAUCGCUGACAGACUGACAAACUCAAGAACAAAGGAAGAAGAAGAGAAGCAAGGUGCUACAGCAAAGUGCAAUAUCAGUAGAAGCAGUGAGCCACAGGUUUGUGAUGAAUCUGUCAGUGCAGUUGAGUCUAUACCACAAACUCAGUGCUGGGAGCCUGUGUUUUCAUCUGUAUACUCACGCUCAAACUCCACACCUCAGUAUGUGAUGUGUUUCAAUGAGAGAAGUCUUUCUUAUGAAGCUCAGGAGGUUUCAAAAACAACUCAAGCCCAACCACAUGUGACCGGGAGAGUCAAGGAGGCAAGCUGUGAGGAAGAAGAGUCUCCCAAACUCAUUUUCACAGAAACACAAACCGUUUGCACCACGGAAGUGCAGGAGAGUCAGAUGUUUGGCACUGAGAUGGAUAAAGAGGUGAUGCCAGCUGAACCCUGCUCAGUGCCAGCAUGUCCCACCACCGGAGGAGACACAGAGUCAGACCUGAGUGCUCUCUGCCAGACCAACACACCAAUUUUGAGCUCAGCUGUAGCUGAACACAGGCGAUCAGUUCGGCCGUCACGCAGGACUCAGGGUUCCCGGAAUCCAUUACGUGCUCUUGCUGCUCGAGAAGACAUCCAGCAGGAUUUCAUGCAGCCUGAGGAAAACAGCGAAAUGGAGAAUAAUACAGCUAUGAAAAAUUCAAACUGCACCCCAGCUGAUGUCACUUCCUCUGGAAAACUGAGCAAACCCACUGUGCCAUACCACAAACUCAUGCUCAUCCAGGUUAAAGGAUGGAGACAGGUGCAGGUGCGGAUGGUGGAGCCGGUGUCUCACUCUCUUAACAGCGGUGACUGCUUUCUGCUGGUCACACAAUCACACUGCUUCCUCUGGACCGGCAAACUCUCCAACACCAUUGAGAGAGAAAAGGCAUCUGAAAUGGCCUCACUGAUUGUGACCCAAAGGGAUUUGGGUUGCCAGGCGACCGGUGUUGUUCACCUGGAUGAAGGCGUAAACACAGACAGCCAGCAGGCAGCUGAGUUCUGGAAGCUUCUCGGGGGACAGACCCCGUAUAAAGGUUCAGACAGUGUUGAAGAUGAUGAGCUCUAUGAGAAAGCCAUAUCAGAGUCAAACUGUAUUUACAGGCUGCAGGGGGACAGACUGAGUCCUCAUGAGCAGGCCUGGGCCUCCGUCCCGCACCACAGUCUACUCAACCCUACUCAGACUCUGCUGUUUGACUUCGGCAGUGAGCUCUAUUUGUGGCAUGGGAAAGACGUCGGCCCAAGCGAAAGAAAGCUGGCCCUUCAGCUGGCUCAGCAGGUUUGGGACGGAGCGUAUGAUUAUAGCAACUGCAGGAUCAAUCCUCUGGAUCCCUCUGGUGGCAGUGCCCACAUUCACAAACAGGGUAUUGGACGGCCAGACUGGGCACUUUUUGGCCGUGUGUUCGACCAAAAUGAGACGAUACUCUUCAAAGAGAAGUUUGCAAACUCAUUUGAGCAGACAAGCAUGAACAAAAACCACAUCGUUCCUUCAAUACAAGAGGAGGUGAAGACCGCUUCCAGUCUCCAUCAAGCAUCAGCGGAGCAGUGGUCCUGUGAUGUUAGAGCUCUUUUUGGAGGGGUGUGUCUCUCAGGAGUGUCUCAGGUCAUUCUGGAUGGUGUGGAUGUGCGAAGGGGACGGGACUUGGUCACUUUCAGUGAUGGUCGGCAGGCAGAUCUAAGCACUGUUUCUGUGAAAGUGUGGCUGAUUUCAGAGGGUGGGGAUUGUGAAGUUGCUCCAGAGAGCCUGGGACAGUUGAACGAGGGCAACACAUACGCUAUACGCUGGACGUACAGCCUUACAGCCUCAGGGGAUGAGAGUGCGCUGGCUCAGGAAAGAUCUGCUGUUUUCAUCUGGAAGGGGCGGCACUCUAAUAUAAGUGGGCGGGACCUGUCACCAGCACUGACCAAUGAGUGUAGCGCUCAGGUGUUUAUAACAGAAGGGGAGGAGCCAGCCUGUUUCCUGCAGCUGUUCCAGGGAGGAAUGGUCAUUUAUAGACAACAACCAAGCAUAGACACAGAAGCCUGGCGUCUGUUCUGUGUGAGGGGUGAUGUGCCGAUAGAGGGCAGCCUGUUGGAGGUUCAGUGCUCCUGCUCCAGUCUGAGAUCUCGUGGCUCAUUGGUUCUGUUGAACAGCCAACAGGGCACCAUCUACCUGUGGCAUGGGUGUAAAGCCCAUAGUAAAGCCCGUCAGGUGGCCAAGCACACCGUCCAGCGCCUCACACAAACGUGCCCAUCUGAGCUGAGUCUGAAAACUGGCAGCUUUAUGAACAUCCAAGAAGUGGAGGAGGGGAAGGAGCCUUCCGAAUACUGGAACGCUAUUGGACAACAGGACAGGAAGUCAUAUGACUGCAUGCUACAAGAUCCUGGUAAAUUUAACUUUACGCCCCGCCUUUUUCACCUGAGUGCCCAAUCAGGAUCUUUUGAAGGACUGGAGCUCGUUAGCCCCUGCCGUGCAAAUGGUGUCAUCACAGCAAUGCCCUUCCUUCAAGAUAAGCUAUACACUGUGCCACAACCAGCUUUGUUCCUGCUGGAUAACUAUCUGGAGGUGUAUUUAUGGCAAAGUUGUGAAACUUCGGCUCCACAGCGCCCUCUUUGGGACAAAGAGAAGAAGUGCGCGAUGGAGACAGCCUUACAGUACUGCAAAGAGAGAAAUCCCAGGCGGCCUCCGAUUGCAUAUCUUAUUGAUGAAGGGGCAGAGCCUCUCACCUUUACUAAUAUAUUUCCCUCGUGGGAGAUGACACAGGGAGAAGAGGACUGUACGGUGCGUAAAAAGCUGACUUUGGUCCAGGAUGCUCUGGCUGCCCUCAAUAAGACCCAGUUUCCCCUUCAGGAUCUACUAAAGAGACCUUUACCUGAGGGAGUGGAUCCUCAACACCUGGAGAACUACCUGUCUCAGCACGAUUUUAAGGCUGCUUUGGGAAUGACGUGGAAUGACUACAACUCUCUAUCGGAUUUACAAAAAAUGGACCUGAAGAAAAGCAAAGGACUUUACUUAGCAUGAGACUCAACACCAGCAAUGAUGUGUUUGUAAGAUGAAGUGUUCCUGAUGGCGGUCGUGUCGUGUGUACAGUGUAACUGUGAGUGUGAGUCGGCUUCCUUUCAACCUGAUGCUUUUUGUAAUGCCUAAUGUCCAGCCAAAAGCUUUCUAAAGUUUCAAAACAGUUUACUCAGACUUUGAGAAAUAGCUGCCGUUUUUCUUUCUUCCUCCCCUUCCUCCAUCGCAGCUGUUUUUUGUCUUGCUUUCUUUAUCUCUCUCUCUCUCUCUGUCGGCCUCCUCUAUACAUUAAACAGCACAUGUGAAUAGAGGUCUGCGUUCUGCAAUGUUUAUUUUAAAAUAAAAAUAUCAUGACGUUU